GGUAACUAUUGAAAUCCCGUAUUUCUCUGGCUGGCUGCUCCAUGCAUCUUCCGGUCAAAGUAAAUGUAUUUCAAACACAAAAAGUCAACAUCUUUCAGGAUACUCUACACUAAUGAAGAAUGGUGGGUCGUUUUGGGAAAAUCGUCGUCGGCGUGUACGUUGAAAUAAAGCGAAGCGAUGGACGAAUACACCAAGCCUUGGUCACGUCGUUGAAUGAAGACAACGAGAGCGUCACCGUGGAGUGGAUGGAAAAUGGAGACACCAAAGGGAAAGAGAUUGACUUUGAGAGUAUAUUUGCACUAAACCCAGAUGUGGCCCCAGAAGAGGAGAUCGCCCCCAGCCCAGAGACCCCGCCCCCACCAACGCCCACCUCUGUGAAAGUCAACAAGAUCACCAAGCAGAACCGGCGAACAAUAGCGCCCACUAAGAAUGGCACUCCGUCCAGGGAUAACAGAGUGGUGUCGACCCGGGCCAGACCAGCUCCACCCCAGCAGCUAGAGCCUUCCCCUCCUCCUCCUCCCGCCCAGCAGCCAGCCCAGCCCACUCAGGCCCAGACAGCCCAACAGUUAGCCAACGAAGCGUCAUUGCAUCAGCUAAGCAGAAAGGAGUUUGGACAGCUUUCGAGGAGGAAGUCCAACUGUGUGAAGGAAGUGGAGAAACUGCAGGAGAAGAGAGAGAGACGACGGAUACAGCAACAGGAGCUGAGGGAGAAGAAGGCACAGGAGGUGGACACCACUGUCCCUAACUAUGAGAUCCUGUAUAUGAUCAGAGACUUCCGUGCCAGUCUGGACUACCGGCCGCUGUCCACCACAGAUCUGAUUGAAGAGCACAGAAUAUGUGUUUGUGUGAGGAAACGUCCACUCAACAAGAAAGAGCUGACUAUAAGGGACCUGGAUGUGAUUACCAUCCCCAGUAAGGAUGUGGUGAUGGUUCAUGAACCCAAGCAGAAGGUGGACCUGACACGCUACCUGGAGAACCAGACCUUCCGCUUCGACUACGCCUUUGAUGACAGCACCACUAAUGAAAUGGUUUACAGGUUUACUGCCAGGCCCCUGGUAGAGACCAUCUUUGAGAGGGGCAUGGCCACGUGCUUCGCCUAUGGACAGACUGGUAGUGGCAAAACACAUACUAUGGGUGGAGAUUUUUCUGGAAAGAACCAGGAUUGUUCUAAAGGGAUUUAUGCAUUAGCUGCUCGGGAUGUGUUUGUCAUGUUGAAGAAACCCUGCUACAAGAAGUUAGAUCUUCAGGUGUACGCAACCUUCUUUGAAAUCUACAGUGGAAAGGUGUUUGACCUGCUGAAUGGUAAGGCUAAGCUCCGGGUGCUGGAGGAUGGGAAGCAGCAGGUGCAGGUGGUGGGGUUGCAUGAGAGAGAUGUCAAAUGCACAGAGAAUGUCCUCAAACUCAUAGAAGUGGGAAACAGCUGCAGAACGUCAGGGCAGACCUCGGCCAACGCCCACUCGUCCCGUAGCCACGCCGUGUUCCAGAUCAUUCUGAGGAGGAAGGGGAAGAUGCAUGGCAAGUUCUCCCUGAUCGACCUGGCGGGGAACGAGAGGGGGGCCGACACAUCCAGCGCUGACCGCCAGACACGCCUGGAGGGAGCUGAGAUCAACAAGAGCCUUCUGGCACUAAAGGAGUGCAUCAGGGCGCUGGGACGGAACAAACCACACACUCCAUUCAGGGCCAGCAAGCUCACACAGGUCCUCCGAGACUCCUUCAUAGGGGAGAACUCCCGCACAUGCAUGAUAGCCACCAUCUCUCCUGGCAUGACAUCCUGUGAGAACACCCUCAACACGCUACGCUACGCUAACAGAGUAAAGGAGUUUGGGAUCAGUCCCUCAGACAUCCCCUUCUCCCAGGGCGGUGGAAGUCGCUCGGAGUUCUCGGAGCUCUCGCCCACCCAUGAGUACGAUGACUUUGCUACUUCUCCCUGCAGAGUGAAGGAGUUGACGGUGGACGCUAACCAGGUGACCGAGGGGGUCCAUCCCAACAUCCAUGUGGUGGACCUGCUGGACAAUGACUGGGACCACCUGGGCAGCUCCCCCCAGAGAGACGACCUCAAACUGCUCUGUGAGCAGAACGAGGAGGAGGUGUCACCCCAGCUCUUUAACUUCCAUGAGGCUGUGUCUCAGAUGGUGGAGAUGGAGGAACAGGUGCUGGAGGACCACAGAGCUGUCUUCCAGGAGUCUAUCCGGUGGCUGGAGGAUGAGAAGGUUCUGCUGGAAAUGACUGAGGAGGUGGACUAUGACGUGGACUCCUACGCCACUCAGCUAGAGCAGAUACUGGAUCAGAAGAUUGAUAUCCUCACUGAGCUCAGAGAUAAAGUGAAGUCGUUCCGCUCGUCGCUCCAAGAAGAGGAACAAGCCAGUAAGCAGAUCAAUCCUAAGAGGCCACGUGCCCUGCUGUAGACCAGACCUGACCGGGGGGGGCUGUGUGUGUGGAGUGGGCAGUGGCACAUACAGGAACAUGACCACUAUAAAAAUGUGGCACAGCUGUCACAACCACCUGUGAAAAUGCAAAGAAACAGACUCAUCUGUUUUUUAAUCAGGCCCACGGAUGUCAUCAGAAAUAACAGGAGGGGAAUGCAACCUUGGAUCUUUUAUAGCUGAUUUUACAUUUUCACCCUUUUUUUUGCCCUGUUCUAUUUUGUUUAUUAACUUUUUUACUUGUUUGUACUUUAAAUUGAACAGCUGUUGACUUGUCUUCAUCAGAGACCUCCAUGUUGGUUGUGCUUUUGGGUUCUACAACACCAGUGUUGUGAAUUCUGGUAGGUCUGAUUGACAUGUAUGCAUGUGCAACUCUCUGUUGGCCUCCAACGAGUAUGGUUGGUUCCCUGCUCAGUUGGCACUGUACAGAAGACAUUCCUCUGUAGGGCCAGUCUUUCUUUCCCUCUUCAAUUUCCUGAGUUGAGAGGAAGUCAAAUCUAGUUGUGAUUCUUCUCAUGUCUUACCAGUCCUUGUCUAUAGUUUGAGUGUUUUGUGCCAUACCCAGUUUUUGUUCUCCCUGUUAUUUAAUACUGUAAAAGGUAGUUUUUCACCCAUUUAACUUUGUAAAGAUAAAUGUAUAGUAAAUACCACUGACCUAGUGUUGCGUAUGUUUCUCACAGAUGUAACUCUGGCGGAAGUAAUAAAGGGGAUACCUAAUCAGUGGUACAACUGAAA